AUGGAAGCACUGACUCGUGCAAGAUAUAUUCACUCAUUCAUUCGUUUUUCUCCUUCGUCUAUGUUCUUACAUGUACUACAAGCAACGACUAACUACUGCAUGUCUGUCAAAGCUAAACUUGUCCUGACUAAUCGAAAUAUCGUCUGUGAUAGAUGCAUAUGCAUGUGCGUUGACCGACCCACCACCGUUACUAUUGAAUGACUGACGUUAUGUAGAAUUAUGAGAAAGAAAGAGCGAAUUAACCUAACUAAUCAUUGUCUGAUAUAGCAGGAAAUGUGUGGAUUGAUCAUUUGCUUCAUCUCUCUUUUCUCGUUCUAUAUACAGAUAUCGGAAGCGAUCUGUCUCUGCUCUAGUUCUUCUCUCGUUUAUUGUGUAAGCGAAAGGG